UGGUUUAAGGAACUGCCACCAGAUUCUAAAGCAGCCAGUUGAUUUCCAGGGUACUGAAUGCAGGGGUGGGUUUUUUUCUUUCAGGGGCUGGUGGCUUUUCCAUGAGGCGUCGGCGCCUUUCUCCAGGGUGCAGCAGGCUGGCGGAGAGCUCUCCACAAGGACGCCAUGCAGGAGAACUAUGAAACGCUGAUCUCUCUGGCAGAAGAGAUGGCCAUCAGCAUGCCGCGGAUCACCGCCAUGGCUGAGUCCCACCGCCGAGAGCUGGUGUCGGCGGGCUUCCCGAUUUCAAAGCCUGACUUGCUGUCCUGGAUGGAACGAGGGGAAGAGCCGUGGGUCCCGGAUCUCCAGGCCCCCGAGGAAAGGGAAAUCCCAAGAAGCAGCAGCCCAGCAGGCGAAGCCUCUAGAAGCGAGGAAGAAGAGGAGGAAGAGGAAGAAGAGGAGGAGGAGGAGGAAGACGAGGAGCAGCCAGGGACAUCCCUGGAGGAAAAGGAGGUUGAGAGUCCCAGCCCCGGGCCGGAGGGGAAACUCGAGAUCCUGGAGGGGAAAACCCCAGAGAAACCCGCAGGCCAGACCGGAAACCUGAAGCCGCCGCCGGCUCCCGCGGGGGCCGACAAAGUGUUCCACUGCGCCGAGUGCGGGAAGACCUUCAGCCAGCGGUCCAACCUGAUCCGGCACCAGCCCCUGCCCGCAGUGCGAGAAGAGCUUCACUCCCACCUGGAGCGGCACCGGCGCGUCCACACCGGCGAGCGGCCCUACGCCUGCGGGGACUGCGGGAAGGGCUUCAGCGUCAGCUCCCACCUGGAGCGGCACCGGCGGGUCCACACGGGCGAGCGGCCCUACAAAUGCGCCGAGUGCGGGAAACCCUUCGCCGUCAGCUCCACCCUGGCCCAGCACCAGCGGCAUUCCCAGAAUCCCGAGUCCUCUGUUCUGGAGAAAAACCACCAGUCAAAAUGA